CCACAAGGUUCAAAUGGGUUUUUACUCACAUAUAGCCCACAACAUGGCCAACAAACAGACAUUUAUUUGGAUUGGAUUAUUGUUAUUUACUUUGGUGGAGAGGGGGACAUGUUAUUCUGAGGAGGAACGUCAGCCCAGCUACUGGAACAACAAAGCGAAACAGGCGCUUCACACAGCCCUCAAUGUCCAGCCUAACAUGCAUAAGGCCAAGAACGUAAUCCUCUUCCUGGGAGAUGGAAUGGGUGUACCCACGGUGACCGCAGCCAGGAUCCUCAAAGGGCAGCUGGCAGGGCACUCAGGGGAAGAGACCAGUUUAGUCAUGGAUACCUUUCCUCACCUUGCCCUGUCGAAGACAUACAACGUAGACCAGCAGAUGCCAGACAGCGCCGGCACAGCCACAGCGUACUUGUGUGGUGUAAAGGCCAACUAUGGGACUCUGGGUGUUAGUGCCUCAGCCCCAAGAUCCAACUGUAGUGAAUCUUUUGGCAAUGAAGUUACUUCUAUCCUGUAUCGAUCCAAGCAAGCUGGGAAAUCAGUGGGAAUAGUUACCACCACUCGAGUCCAGCAUGCCUCUCCUGGAGCCAGUUAUGCACACACGCCCGACCGAGACUGGUACUCAGACGCCGACCUGACCCCUGAGGCUGUCCAAAAUGGCUGCAGGGAUGUGGCCUACCAGCUGGUGCACAACACAGAAAUUGAUGUAAUCCUUGGUGGAGGACGUCAGUACAUGUUUCCCACAAAUGUACAAGACCCAGAGUAUCCAACCACGAUGGGAAACAGAUUAGACGGGCAGAAUCUCAUUAUGGAGUGGCUUAAAAAUAAAAAGAAUGUUAAAUAUGUCUGGAAUAAAGCAGAGUUUGAUAAGGUGAAUCCUAAAAAUACAGACUUUCUGAUGGGGUUGUUUGAGCCAAAAGACUGUCGUUAUGAGCUGGAUCGUGAUCCAAGCAUGGACCCGUCUCUUACUGAGAUGGUGGAUAAAGCUAUCAAGAUUCUAUCCAAGAACCCCAAGGGAUUUUUCCUUUUUGUAGAAGGGGGUAGAAUUGAUCAUGCCCACCACGCAGGAAGAGCACAGCGAUCUCUCCAUGAAGCAGUGGAGUUUGACAACGCCAUUGGCAGAGCAGCUGAGCUCACCAAUGAGUUUGACACCUUGAGUGUAGUCACUGCUGACCACUCCCACGUCUUUGCCUUUGGAGGACAUUCUGUCAGAGGGAAUCCAGUUACGGGGCUGUCUCGCUCAAUAGCGAAGGACAACAAGCGUUUCACGACGGCUGUGUAUGGAAACGGACCCGGAUACCAAAUUGGUGCAGAUGGAGUCCGUCCAGAUGUAAAUGAAACUGUUACACGUGACAAGGACUACCGGCAGCAGGCCCCUGUCCCUCUGGGCUCAGAAACACAUGGCAUUGAUGAUGUGGCCAUCUUUGCCAAGGGCCCCAUGUCCCAUCUUUUUCAUGGAGUCCAAGAGCAGAAUUACAUUGCACAUGUUAUGGCCUAUGCCUCCUGUGUACCGCCCUAUGAAGAGUGCAAACUGCCUGAAUACAACCAUGCAGCACCAGUGCACUCCAGUCUGUUACUGAUGCUACUUGGUGCUUUGAUUUAUUUCUGCACUUUUUAAAGUUUUAAAUAAUAUAUAAUUAAUAAUAAUA